UGUUUGCUCAUAAACGAUAAGCAAGAUGGAUUUAAAAACCACCCAAGAAAUUGGAAUAGCAGUCUGAUGUGAGAAGUUAACAUACUCCACAACAAACUAAUGUAACAGAAUCAAUAAGGUACUUCAAGGGAUUUUAAAAUUUGAACAAACAAACAGAGAGAGGUGGCUUUCAACUUCAAAAGGAAAUAGAAAGUGUUUUCUACAGAUAUACCUUUAUAUGUCAACUCUCCAGAAAUGAAGAAAACCACAGCAAGAAUUUUAUUUUCCAUAGCAUUCAUUUUCUGGCAGAAUACUACAGCAGCCACAACAGCAAAAACUACAAGUACCACCUCUGCUUCCCACACUUUAUCAUCCGUGGUGUCAAAGACUAUUGUGGGGUCAGAAAAAAUCAACAUCCAGCUUAUUUUCAAAACAAUGCACAGCAUUAAUGAAAAUCAGGUAGCUCGUGUGGUCAACCAACUCCUACAUUCACAAAAUGGACAAUGUAGUCAACUGUGGUUGCAGAAUAUAAAUUAUCUAAAAUUACGUAGCAUUGACAUUCAUUUGGUUUGUCUGAUCAAUAACGUGAAAAUGCCACAAAAAGUUCGGGACAGAACUGUCACUUAUAAAUUGUUGGAGCGCUCCAUCAACAAAUUGAUGAACUCAAUGUUGCAGCAACCUGGGGCUAAACCUAUGGUAUUUCAAGUAGCAAAGUACACGAGUCAGGGUAGCCAAGUAAUAGCUGACGUGGACUACGUCAUUAAAGAAGGACAUAUCAGUCAUCCAAGUGACUUCGUUAAUCAAAUCAUGAAAUCCAUUGGUCUGAUCAGUACCACCAGCACCUCAACCAGUUCAUCUUCAGCAGCAUCAACAAAACAUUCUGCAGUUGCUGCUCCUUCAGAAGUUUUGAAAUCUUUAACAACUGCUUCCACACUGACAAGUAGUAGCUCAAGUAGUUCAACAUCAGCAGCCCCAAUAGCAGAAACCUCUGCAAGUACUCCUUCAUCUCAUAAAACCUCAAAUGUUCUGACAACUUCCACAUCAGCUUCCAAAGUGAUGAGCAGUAGCCCAACCAGCCCAACUGCAUCAGCCACAAAGGGAACAUCUGAAAUUACCACUACUUCAACUCCAACCGGCACAACAGCCCUGAUAUCUUCAACAUCGGCUUCCACCAUGACAAGCAGUAGCCCAAGCAGUUCAACCUCAGCAGCCCCCAUGACAGAAACCUCUGCAAAUAUUAAUUCAUCCCCAAAAACCGCAAGUGUUCUGAUAUCUUCCACAUCAUCUUCCACAGCCACACACAGUAGUCCAACCAGCACAGUUGCAGCAGAGAUAAAAGAAACUUCAGCAAGUAGUAUUUUAAGGCCAACAACUACAGUAUCCGUGACCUCUUCAACAUCAGCUUCCAGAGCAAUAAGCAGUAGCACCACCAGUUCUGCUUCAGCAGCCUCAACAACAAAUUCCGCUUCUUCAACUCCAACCACCCGAGGAACUCUGAUAUCUUUAAUAUCAACUUUCACAGUGACAAGCAGUAGCACAACUACAUCAGCCAUAAAGGGAACAUCUGCAAGUAUUCCUUCAUCUCCAAAAUCCUCAAAUGAUCUGAUAUCCUCUACAUCAUCUUCCACAGUCACACACAGUAGCCCAACCAGAAUGGCUGCAGCAGCGAUAACAGAAACUUCUCUAAAUACCACUUCUUCAGGUCCAAAUACUCUGACAUCUUUGACAUCAGCUGCCAAUGCAAAAAGUAGUACCCCAACCACUUCAUCUUCAGCAGCCAAAACAACAGAAACAUCUGCAAGUAUUUCUUCAACUCCACAUACGUCAAAUAUUGUGACAUCUUCCACAUCAUCUUCCACAGUCACACACAGUAGCCCAACCAGAAUGGCUGCAGCAGUGAUAACAGAAACUUCUGUAAGUACCACUUCUUCAGGUCCAAAUACCCUGACAUCUUUGACAUCAGCUGCCAAUGCAAAAAGUAGUACCCCAACCACUUCAUCUUCAGCAGCCAAAACAACAGAACCAUCUGCAAGUAUUUCUUCAACUCCACAUACGUCAAAUUUUGUGACAUCUUCCACAUCAUCUUCCACAGUCACACACAGUAGCCCAACCAGCCCUACUGCAGCAGGCACAACAGAAACUUCUGCAAGUACCACUUCUUCAGGUCCAAAUACCCUGACAUCUUUGACAUCAGCUGCCAAUGCAAGUAGUAGUACCCCAACCACUUCAUCUUCAGCAGCCAAAACAACAGAAACAUCUCACUUCUUCAGGUCCAAGUACUAUAAAAACGCUGACAUCUUCCACAUCAGCUACGAAUUCAACAAGCAGUACCCCAACCACUUCAUCUUCAGCAGCCAAAACAACAGAAACAUCUGCAAGUAUUUCUUCAACUCCACAUACCACAAAUAUUCUGACAUCUUCCACAUCAUCUUCCACAGUCACACACAGUAG